GCUCCAUUCAAAAAAUCGGAGUCGAGAUUCAUCGAUACAUGUCGAGAUUGAUUCUCCAUUUGCAAUCUCGAGUACUGCUAUCUUCAUUGUUGAGCCCUUAAGCUUUGAGUCAUGAAUACAGAAUGCGAUUUCAGUUAUCCCUAGUGGUUUUCGUUUCUCCACGUUUAGAAGAUACGAAUUUGGGUUUGUAAAGCUUCGAACUUUAGAGCGAUUCUGGGUAAAUUGGUGAACUGAUCGGAAAAUUGUGCAUUUGGGUUUCCUCUAUUUUUCUUGUAACCGAUUUUGUGAUUUGCGAUUAUGAAACCGCUCGAGGAUUGGGUCGAUGGAUCUUGGACCGUGGAUUGUGUCUGUGGUGUGAAUUUCGACGAUGGUAAAGAGAUGGUGAAUUGUGAUGAAUGUGGUGUUUGGGUACACACAAGGUGCUCUCGUUACGUUAAAGGAAAUGAUCUAUUCGCUUGUCACAAGUGCAAGAUCAAACACAGUGAUUCUGCUGCUAUGUUAUUAAAAAUGGAGAAUCUCUCUGCUCGAAAUCAGACUGUUCACAUGAACCGAGGUUUCAGGGCAUGUACAGAGAUUCCCAUUGAAGAAAGGGUUCAUGUACAAGGAGUUCCAGGUGGAGAUUUGGCUGUGUUUGAACGGUUUUCGUCGGUUUUCUCUCGUCAGCUUUGGAAGUCUAGUGGUUAUGUGCCUAAGAAGUUUAGGUUUCAGUAUAGCGAGUUUCCGUGUUGGGAUGAUCAGAAGGAGAAUGCAAGUGAGAUUGACGUUCAAGAAGAUGCUUGUGCUGAAGUUUUGUUAUCUAUGUCGAAAGAAAACGAUGUAGCCGAUGUUGUGGUUGAGAAGCUUGGUGCUAAAGACAGUAGAAGAAGUUUGGUUUCUAGAGGAAUUGAGAUUAACAGAGAGAAGAGAUUGCUCUGUUCUUUGAGUGCACAUAAGGGUAGAAAAGAUGAUUCUGAAGAUCGUUUAAAGAAGAAGGUUAAAGUUGGAGACAAAGAGAAAGGAGAUGAUAAGAAUGGCCACACAGUUUUUGGCCCUUACAAUGCUAUUAAAAGGCUUUGAUUUGGAAUGGGUCAAGUUUUUCUUUUGUUCUCAAUUUUCUUCCAAAUCAUUAGCAUUUCGAUUUAAAACUAGCAAUCAAGAACCUCAUGAGGGUAAAGAUCCACAAGGGCUAUUUAAAGACGUUGGGAGGGUAAAGCGUGAGAAGGUCCAAGGAAACUAAAUUCGAAGAAUCCAUUGAUAGAUAAUAUUUCAGUUGAUUGCUCCAAGGAACAGCAAUUUCCUCAGGAGCAUGAAAGAAGAAGUCGUCUAUAGUUUCCAAUGGUGCUUAAGAGCUCUGCUUGUGUCCUCAAGGCUCAAAGAUAAACACAAUGAGGGUACCUUUCAAUGCUUAGGCUUCUAACUUUUCUCUAGUUUAGAAUCUUACGCAUAUAUUCAAUUCUAACCACAAGGGUACAUGAUAACAUUUGUCUUUGCAGUCAAGCUGAGAAUGUUUUUUGACUUGAGCUACUAC